CACUAAACACACACACUGUGAUUUCAUCGGGACACAAAAAGAAACGCUGGGGAGCAGCUGAAUCCUCGGUUCUUCAUCAAAAAUCAGGAGUAUGAAGUUAUUAUUGUUGCUCUUCUUCUGUCAUUUCUCAUUUUCAGAGAAACACACCCUCAGUGUUUUAUUCACUGUGUCAUCUGAAGUCCAAGCCUUCCCAGAGGUCAUUGCUGUUGUGCAGGUUGAUGGUGUCCAGGUGCUCUACUGGGACAGCAACAUUAAAAAAGUGGAACCCAGGCAGGACUGGAUGAAGAAGCUGAUAGAAGAUGAUCCUCAGCACUCAGAGAGUCUCACUCAGGAUGAGCAGAUCAUCAGAGACCAGCUUACUGAGGUGAUGCAGCAUUUAAGACAAACUGAAGGUGUCCAUGUUCUCCAGAUAAGAAGUGGCUGUGAAUGGGAUGAUGAGACUGCAGCGGUGAACUCUGUCAGACAGUACGGUUACGACGGAGUGGACUUUAUCAAACUGGACAUGAAGACACAGAAGUGGGUCGCUCUAAAACCAGAGGCUGACAUUAUCAAACAAGACUGGGACAAAGGCACAGAAAACAACAUGCGCUGGACAAACCACGAUACAAAUAUUUGCCCUCAGUGGUUGAAAAAGUAUCUGGACUUGGGGAACAGCUCUCUGCACACACCAGGUAAAGUCACAUGACCUGGUCUGUCAUGGCCCUUUAGUUUCACUGAUCAAAUGAACAAACAUACACUAUAUGGACAAA